UUCGGAAGACACUAACACCAACAUUUUAAAAUGUUCCAAGAACUUUAAAUUCGUGUAAUGUCGGGGUCUACCUCUUUGGUGUUUUGAUUUGAAAAAUGUUCUAAAAGCCAAUCUAGACAAUCACGUGAUUCUGUUUUUUUCUCCUAAUUGUCCUAUGAGACAGUUUGAGUCUUUUUUUUUUUCAAAUUAAUUUCUUAAACGGGGCUGUCUUUACUGUUAGUCUUGAGGGGCAAUGAGGUUUAUAAACCACAGUUACCCUCAGAGUGGCUUUGUAAUUUUCAUCUCAGUUUUUGUGCAGGUCGCUCCGUCAUGGAUCUUUGUGUGACUAUCAAAGGCGUCUCCUUCCUUUUGCAAACGGGUUUGGGCAUCCUGGGGAACUCUGUGGUGCUUCUGGUGUACAGCCACAUCAUGUGCACCGGACCAAAGCUUCUUCCUGUAGACAUGAUCCUGUGCCACCUUGCCUUUGCCAACUUGAUACUGCUUUUGACUCGUUGCGUACCCCAGACCAUGACUGUGUUCGGACUAAAGGACCUGUUGAACGAUCCCGGCUGUAAGGUGGUCAUAUACGCUUAUCGCAUUGGCCGGGCUUUGUCGGUCUGCAUCACCUGCAUGCUCAGUGUGUUUCAGGCAGUGACCAUCGCCCCAGCUGGACCCUUUUUGUCCAGAUUGAAGCUUGCACUUUCUUCCCUGGUCUUUCCAACCUUUGUGGGGCUGUGGCUUCUCAACAUGGCAGUUUGCAUUGCAGCCCCUUUCUUCUCCAUGGCUCCUCGGAAUGGCACUGUCCUGCCUUUUACGCUCAACCUUGGCUUCUGUCAUGUGGACUUCAGAGACAACCUUUCAUAUGUUAUUAAUGGAGUGGCUGUGUCUGUAAGGGACUUUGCAUUUGUUGCCCUGAUGGUGGGCUCCAGCGGGUAUAUUCUUCUGCUUCUCCAUCGACAUAGUCACCAGGUGAGAAAGAUACGUCGCUCACACAGCAGUGGAGCAGAGACCAGGGCAGCCAAAACAGUGCUAAUCCUGGUGAUACUCUAUGUAGUUUUCUUUGGUAUUGAUAAUGUGAUCUGGAUCUACAUGUUGACUGUGUCAAAUGUGUCACCAGUGGUGGCUGAUAUGAGGGUUUUCUUCUCCUCCUGCUACGCCUCUCUCAGUCCCUACUUCAUCAUCUCCUCAAACAAGAAGGUCAAGAGGAAAAUAGUGUGUGCAGCUGAGCAAGACCAGCCUUCAGUGGAGACUCAAGAGUCAAAUGACAAAUGAUUCCAUCUCUAUCUUGGUAGCAUACUGACUCCCCUUUGCUGCAGCAGCGUUUUUCAGCAUCAUUUUAUCGAUUGAUAUGGCUGGUGUUCUGACGAUCACCAGACCAUUAUAUGACGAGAAGCUUGUGUAUUUUUUUAAACAAUCGUUUGUUCUGUGGUUGUUUUUUAAGGAAGUUUCAAAUUAAAAAUGUUAGUGCAUAAUUGUAUGCAUCUAAGACUGUGCUUGCGUUUGAGAAAUCUUUGUGAGACUUUAACAAAUUUUGCUUCAGAAACUGAGAGGGUGAGAUGAACCAAUUCAAAAUAUCAUUUGGUUUCAGUAUUCAUCCAAAGGAGUUAAAUUGCAACCACUGCCUGUUUCUUUUUUAUGUUUUCCAUUUAUGAUUUUUUUUUCUGGGAUAUUGGUUAAACCAGCAUGAUCUUCAUGAUGAAUUUAAGACAGCUUGACAACAAAAAAUGUCAAGGAUCAUUUUC